UGGUCAAAGAAUGGCGCCCUUAAGAGCAGCCUGUGCCAAUUGAAGCUAGGUGGUCGCCAUAUUUUCUGAAGGCACCUUCCGGGUCCCUUAACCCGGGUAUCUCUGUCCAAGCGGCCAUGAAGUGAAUAAACACUGAGGAAUUAUAUUUGUCCCUAUCAGAAUCUUCGAAUCCCUAGCAGCCAGUCCCUGCUACUUCGGUUGCCUCGGCUGCGUUCGGACGCCACGGCUGGGCGGGGCCGCCCUUCCUGUGGACAACGACAGCUGAGGCCGGGAGCGGGGAGGCGGCGGCUCCAGGGACCUGGCGGCCGCCGAUCAGGGCUGCGAGGCCCCAUGGCGCCGCCCCCAGCCCUGCUCCUGGCGCCGAGGCCCGGGGAGACCCGGCCUGGUUGCAGGAAGCCCGGGGCUGUGAGCUUCGCGGACGUGGCCGUGUACUUCUCCCCGGAGGAGUGGGGCUGUCUGCGGCCCGCGCAGAGGGCUCUGUACCGGGACGUGAUGCGGGAGACCUACGGCCACCUGGGCGCGCUCGGAUUCCCAGGCCCCAAACCAGCCCUCAUCUCUUGGAUGGAACAGGAGAGUGAGGCUUGGAGCCCCGCCGCCCAGGAUCCUGAGAAGGGGGAAAGACUGGGAGGAGCUCGGAGAGGAGAUGUCCCAAACAGGAAGGAAGAGGAACCCGAGGAAGUCCCAAGAGCCAAAGGGCCUAGAAAGGCCCCUGUGAAGGAGAGUCCUGAAGUGCUGGUGGAACGCAACCCUGACCCAGCUAUUAGCGUGGCCCCGGCACGGGCACAGCCACCCAAAAAUGCUGCCUGGGACCCGACCACAGGAGCACAGCCCCCGGCACCCAUACCCAGCGUGGAUGCUCAGGCCGGCCAGCGGCGCCACGUGUGCACGGACUGCGGCCGCCGCUUCACCUACCCCUCGCUGCUGGUCAGCCACAGGCGCAUGCACUCGGGGGAGCGGCCCUUCCCCUGCCCCGAGUGUGGGAUGCGCUUCAAGAGGAAGUUCGCAGUGGAAGCGCACCAGUGGAUCCACCGCUCCUGCUCCGGGGGGCGGCGGGGCCGGAGGCCUGGGAUCCGGGCUGUGCCUCGGGCCCCCGUCCGAGGUGACCGGGACCCGCCUGUGCUCUUCCGGCACUACCCAGACAUCUUCGAGGAGUGCGGCUGAGUGGCACCGCAGGCUGGAGUUGAGCCUGACCUUGGCACGAAGGACUGACGGAGCCCUGAGGUGGGCCACUGAGUCGGGGACUCCGGAACUGAAAUUCAUGCCCUGGGCUUUCCUCAAGGAUCCCUCAAGUUUCCAACUUGUAAAAAGAAAAGUGCCUGUAAAGAUUCGAAUAGAUUAGACUUGCCACCCCUCUCCCCAGUCUUUUGUUAAAAAAAAAAAAAAAAAAAAAAAGAA